CUUACGAGCAAAUGGAUUAUUUGCACUUGAUGUAAUGUGCUGGACAUCCCUGCGCUCCCUUGAAUUGCCUUAAACCAAUCAGUGGUUUCCGCCAUAUUUAUGUGUAAAAACUCAAUACAGUAGUAGCUACGACGUCAUUUUUAAGCGAGAAGAGAAGUCCAGACAAGUGACAGAGCUCAACUGACUCGUUUACUACUGAACUCUUUUUACACCAUGCAAUUUAAGAUCGGCUUUUUAGCUGUAUUAGUCUUGCUGGUAAACGCUGUAUUUGCACAAUUGGUACCGUUCGACUUCGACGAUAAGACAUUCAAGAGCGUUAUGGAAGCUGCUAUGAAUUCUGACAAGCAAGAAGGCAAAAAAAUAUUGUACCAAGAGGAUGCGCCUGACUAUCGGUCAAAUGGCGAAGGAGACUCACCUCAGUCUCUGUUCGAUCACUUACCGAGAGACCCUGCUCUCUCCACCUUCCUUGAUAUUUUGAUGCAAGUCGAUGAUGUCUUACAGCUUAUGAACGAUCCUUACGCCGAACCAAAGUUCACACUUUUUGCUCCUACCAACACAGCCUUUAAGGCAUAUAUAAGUAACAGCGAUAACCGAGCGACUUUAUACUCAGAAGACGGUUUCAAAAACUUUCUGCUUUGUCACAUCGUUCCUCAUGGAAAGUACAGCAUCAAGGACCUUGAAAAAGCAAAGAAACUGGAAACGGCUACUAGCGGUCGCUCCAUUUCCGUCCAUUACAACUGGAUCACAGGUAUCACUCUUGACAAAAAGGCUAAAGUCGAUUCCAAUUUUAUUGAUGCUAUGAAUGGCAUUGCGUACAAAAUUGAUCAUGUUUUGGAACAAGCAAAAUAGCCUGUAGCUUACCAUCUCCUCCCGUUUGUCAAUUACACACCUUCUUCCACUCAAAUCUGAUGUAUAUAUUAUUUUGAUAAAAUUUUGUAUCAUACAACCCGAAAGCUAGUUU